GUCCCGUAUUUUUAUACAUUGGGACAACCCGGAUUAAUUAUGAUAAUUUAGAGCCAAGACUAUUCCGGGAUUCGAAGUCGGGACUUUUGACCUUUGAUUUUAUUUCGAGGCAUAAGUUAUAUAUGGAAUUGUUGGCAUUGAACACUUAGGAAAAAUUUGGGACCACAAUUCAUAAAUUGGAAUUAAAAAAAAAAAAUCUUGCAAAUGAGGCCUUGUGGCCCUCAAAUGGUCCCACACAUUGUGUGGCCAAUUUUAAUUGGUCCAACACAUGUGUGGGCCAUGGGACACAUGGAUAAAUAUUGUGGAAGCUUAAAAGAUGACCUUAAGUCAUCUUUACCACUUCAACACUUAGCAAAUAAAACUAAAAGUUGAAGAGCUUCAACAAGAAGCUCACGGCCAAGACUAAGAAAAAUCAACUCCAUUUCAAGCCAUCCCAAAAUUAUUUCUUUGUUGUAAACCCACUAUUUUGAGGUCCCUAAGUAGCGUGGAAGCAUCGUUGGAGCGAUCAAACCAUCAUUUUUCAUCUUUUGGAAACCCUAGGCUAUUGGAAAGUUGAAGAAGAAAGAUCGUGGGCAGCCCGAAUCAUAGGUUGGAUUUAGCUUGAGUUUGGAUCGUAUUGGAGAGCGUUUGAGGUACAGACGCACAGCUUGGUGAUCCACCUGUUUAGGACACCCCCUUCUGCUAUUCGGAGUGCUCCUCUCAUCCCGGAGCUUAUAUUUUUGUGAUGCCUCCGAAAAAGGCGACGGCCGCCCAGAAGAAAAAGGGCGUAGUAGGAGUGACCAGCCGGGCUCAGAAGGGUACUCGGACCCUUGCUCAGAUGAUGCGUGAUAUUACGUCCCGGCCAGCCGACUCUGCUACGUCUUCAUCGUCAGAGGAGUCUGGAGCAGCUUCACCAUUAGCUCCAGGGGCUUCAGCUCCCGCGCCUCCAGCUCCUCAGCAAGGGGCGGAGGACAGGACACUGAGAGAGGCUGUGCAGUUAUUGACCACUCUGGUAGCGGGACAGGCUCGCAGACGCGGGCGGAGAGAUGAUGAUGAUGACGAUAGGCGUGACAGCCUGAGGGUUCGAGAGUUUCUAUUAUGUGGCCCUCCAGAGUUUUACGGGUCUAAGCCCGACGAGGACCCCCAUGACUUUAUUCGGGGGAUGCGGCGCUCACUAGAUUUGGUCAGGGCUUCAGAGACUGAGUCUGUUGAGUUGGCUUCGCAUAGACUACGGGAUGUUGCUGCUCACUGGUAUGAGUCCUGGGAGCUAUCCAGAGGUGAGGGUGCUACCCCAGCUACUUGGGACGAGUUCGUGACUGCUUUCACUCACCACUUUUUGCCCCCAGAGUUACGGCGGGCGCGGGUUGACCGAUUUUUGCAUCUGCAGCAGAGGGGUCGGAGCGUCCGUGAGUAUAAUAUGGAGUUUGAUUCUUUGGCCCGGUAUGCACCUGCCAUAGUAGCAGAUAUGGCCGAUCGGAUGCACAGAUACGUGAUGGGGUUAGACCGUUAUUUGAUUGAUGGCUGUAUGGCGGUGGCAUUGCAGGCAGACAUGGAUAUUGCCCGACUACAGGCUUAUGCCCUGGGUAUGGAGGACCGACAUAGAGCUGAUUAUUCUAGCAGAGAUCGGGACAGGAGGCCACCCAAGAGGGCUAGAUUCGCAGUUUAUUCUGGAGAUUCUCGAGGCGGACAGCCUCAGCAGCAGCAGUCAGGCAGACAUCCUCCUCCGUCAGGCCGGGUUACACCCCCACAGUUUACCGGUAGGAGAUCUGAAGGUGUCGGAUAUUCAGGGGCAGGCCCGAGCUCCAGGGCUUCAGGUUCACAGUUGAACAGAGGUUCCAGCAGUCAGAUGAGGCCACCCAGACCUUUGUGUUCCUACUGUGGGAGACAGCACCCGGGAGAGUGUUUCCGAGCUACGGGUGCAUGCUUUGUGUGCGGCCGUCAGGGCCAUCAAAUGAGAGACUGUCCGGCUAGAGGUGGUACAGGCAGUUCAGCUCAGUCUACCGGGUCAGCCGGUGGUUCAUCUUCAGCCUCGGUGGCGAUGCGCCCUGCGGGGCAAGGUACUCCAGCACCAGCAAGCCGCGGCAGGGGUCGUGGCGGAGCUUCGGGUUCUAGCGGUCCUUCGAACCGCAUUUAUGCCUUAGCCAGCAGACAGGACCAGGAGGCUUCGCCUAAUGUCGUCACAGGUAUAUUACUGGUUUUCUCUCGUGAUGUGUAUGCAUUGAUUGAUCCUGGUUCUACAUUGUCAUUUAUAUCUCCACUCGUUGCUGAUAAAAUUGGGAUAGAAUCCGAACCGAUAGAGCCUUUUGAGGUAGCUACACCAGUAGGGGAUUCUGUUAUAGCCAGUCAGAUUUAUAGAGAUUGUUCCGUGAUUAUCUAUGGCCGCUGCACUAAGGCGGAUUUGGUAGAGUUAGAUAUGAUCGAGUUUGACGUGAUUAUGGGUAUGGAUUGGCUAGCUUCUUGCUAUGCUAAUGUUGAUUGUCAAAAGAAGAUAGUCUGA